UACGUGACUGGGUCGGCGGCCGUCCUCGCAUACUACCCUCCUCGUCGCAUCAGCUUGGACAUCGCCAACACGACCGAGGUCGGACAAGCGUCGUCGGCAUUUACAAUCGACCGGUUCGCCAGUGGGUUCCCCAACGGUACCCGAAACACAAUUGAAACGAUCUGCGGUGUCGACAACUCGCGCCCGGCAGUGUGCUUGAAAACUUCGGACAGCGUCAAGUACACCAAGGCAAAAGCGGUGGGAAACCUCUUGAUCGGCGGCACGAGGACCUGCACGGGGUGGUUGUUUGGGUCGGAAGGCCACGUGAUCACCAACAACCAAUCCGAGCCCUUCAACUACGUGAUCCAGGACGACGGCGCAUCGUACAUCGCACCCCACUUCAACGAGCUGUCCAUCCCCAAUGGCGGGGUGCUGGAGAUUAGCGCCCUUGACGGAUCACAAAAGGUUCGAUACACGGGCUCCCGCUCCGACUUUUACGCC